GUCGCACUUCGUUCCCCUCCGCCGCCGCGACCCACCGGCCACCACCCUUAACGCCGCCAUACUUUCCCCCUCUCUCCCGGAAUCGGUCGGCCACAGUUUCGAUGUGAUGGAGGUUUGCUUGCCCGUGGACUUGUUUCGACUUGGAGGUUCCGGAGAUCUAUAAUAAGAGGCAGGAGGGGUCGUUAAUCUGAGGGCUUGGGUGAAUAAGACCGGACAAGAAGAUGCCGAAGAAGCGGCCGGCCGAUGAGCGUGCCGGCGGCCGUGCGUCCAAGAUUCCUAGUCGGCGGCGGAAGCACCUCUACCUAGUCGUGGAUGACUGGGAGAGGGGAUACAGCAUCCGCAAGUUAGACUUGUCGUCGGACUCGGAUUCCGACGACGUUGACGAAGCCAACGGCCCGGACGGCAGGACCGGGACGGAGCUGCGCUUGCCACCAGCGGUCUUCCGCCUAGAGGCACCACGCGCUCGCUCUGGUCUGUUUGCGGCCUUUGGCACCAAGAUCGUGGCCACUCAGCUCACGCCCAGGGGCACCAUCCCCAUGUUCGACGUCCGCACACGGGCGUUCACCUUCGGGCCUCGGCAGGAGGGGCAGCCCAACCCCUGCUGCACCGACUUCGUGCAGGUAGGUGACAACCUCUACUUCAUCGACGACAGCUGCUUCAUGAUGCUCGAUCCUCCUCCUCCACCACCCAAGUUUGCACACCCUUACAUUCAGAUUGACUGGACAUGGCGGGGGCUCCCGGUGCCACCAUUCGAUGACUGCCCUGUCUCUUAUGCUGUGCAUCCUGAUGGACGAACCAUCUUCUUCAGUACCCAGGGCCAAACCAAGAAGCAUACCGAGGUUGCCACUUUCACCUUUGAUACUGUGUGCUCCCAGUGGACUCGCCAUGGAGCGUGGAGACUGCCAUUCAGAGGCCGUGGCUACUUCGACUGUGAACUGAAUGCUUGGGUAGGGCUCUCCGGCCAGCCGGAUAACCUUGGCCACCUAUGCACCUGUGAGGUUGUAUCCGCUGACGCCAACACCACUGAUGGGCAUCCCCCGCCGACUUGCAAGCUUAGCAAGGAGAAGCUCUUCUGCGUGGAUCCUGCUGAGAAGCACAUUGGCGCCACCCUCGUGUACAUUGGAGGCAGAAGCAAGUUCUGCCUUGUGCAGUGCAUCGCAACAGAUGAUCGCAAGGGGGGUGUUUGGGAGGAGGUGCUUCCUGAAUGCCUUUGCUAUCUGUAUCGGGUAACAACCUUUUCUCUCAAGUAUGACAUGAACGGGGACUUGCGAACAGUGCAGUGCACCACCGACUUCGGUCAUAUCGGCUGCCUAAAAUAGCAACGGAGUACUGUGAUCACCUGGAAAAGCCUGUGGCAUUCUGGAUGUAAGCCAUGUGACACUAAACUGUUCAAUUUAUCAUAUCCGUGUUGCCUUC